CCGAAAUGAAUUGCGAAACCGGGAGGUGGUCACAUGUACUUGAGUAUAAAUACUCACUUUGUCAGGAUUUUUGGAUAUCAGUUGUCACGCGGUCUUCUCCGUAAACAAUCAAUUAAACACUCAACAAUGAAAUCUAUUGUGCUGGUUUCCAUGGUGCUGGCCGCCGCGCUGGCUGCCCCGCAAGCGCCCACUGAGCCCAUCCCCAUCCUCCGGCAGGACAGCCAAGUGAACGGCGACGGAUCAUACCAGUACUCAUACGAAACAGGCAAUGGAAUCAGUGCUGACCAAAAGGGAGACUUGAAGAAGGUCGGUGACGUGGAGGCUAUUGAAGUGCAAGGGCAGUUCCAGUACCCAAGUGACAAUGGACAAAAUAUUCAGCUCACUUAUACUGCCGAUGAAAACGGGUUCCAGCCCCAGGGCGCCCACCUGCCCACGGCCCCCCCGGUCCCAGAGGCCAUCCAGCGCUCCCUGGCCUACCUCGCGACCGCGCCGCCCCAGCCUGAACAACCAGCGCAAUAGAUUUGACUGAAUUAAUACUCUUACUUAUUAUUAUGACCAUCAUUUUGUAUUUUUAUACCAGUAUUUAUAAAUGUAUUAAACUUU